GUCACAGCGCAUGCGCCCUCCCCCUUCUCGCGUUCCUGAGCCCCGGCGCGCUUUCUUCCUCCGUACGGCCUUAGCACGGACACGUGACCUCCGAGGCGGUAGAAGCAGAGGCCAUGUCGAAGCGGCACCGGCUGGACCUGGGCGACGACUAUGCCACGAACAAGAAGAGGGAAGGCGAAGGGAAGGACAGAGAUCGAGAUAGAGAUGACCGAUCAAAGGAUCGAGACCGGGACAGAGAUAGAGAUCGUGAAAGAGAUAGGGACAAGGAUAAGGAUUCGCGUAGUGCAUCAAAUCCCCCUUUCAUACCCGCUGGACUUCCAACAGUAAAGCCGGCAGCAGUACCUCAAGGCAUCAAUCCAUUCACCAACCUGCCCCACACGCCACGCUAUUAUGAGAUCUUAAAAAAGCGUCUUCAGUUGCCGGUCUGGGAGUACAAGGAACGGUUUACGGAUAUCCUUACCAGGAACCAGUCCUUUGUUUUGGUUGGAGAGACUGGUUCUGGAAAAACCACACAGAUUCCUCAGUGGUGUGUUGAUUACAUGAGAUCUUUGGUCGGACCCAAGAGAGGUGUUGCAUGUACCCAGCCCAGAAGGGUUGCUGCAAUGAGUGUGGCACAGAGAGUUGCCGACGAAAUGGAUGUCAUGCUGGGCCAGGAAGUUGGUUAUUCUAUUCGAUUUGAAGACUGCAGCAGCGCAAAAACUAUCCUGAAGUACAUGACCGAUGGUAUGCUGCUUCGGGAGGCUAUGAAUGACCCGUUGUUGGAAAGAUAUGGUGUAGUUAUUCUGGACGAAGCCCAUGAGAGAACGUUGGCAACGGAUAUUUUAAUGGGGGUGUUAAAAGAAGUUGUGCGACAAAGGAAUGAUUUAAAGGUUAUAGUCAUGAGUGCCACACUUGAUGCAGGCAAAUUCCAAGUGUAUUUUGAUAGCUGUCCUCUCCUGACAAUUCCCGGCCGCACACAUCCUGUGGAAAUCUUCUACACUCCGGAGCCAGAGAGAGACUACCUAGAAGCUGCUAUCCGUACAGUGAUCCAGAUUCACAUGUGUGAAGAGGAGGAAGGAGACCUACUGCUGUUCCUCACAGGCCAGGAGGAGAUUGAUGAAGCUUGUAAAAGGAUUAAGCGUGAGAUUGAUGACUUGGGCCCUGAAGUUGGUGACAUAAAGAUCAUCCCAUUAUAUUCUACCCUCCCACCCCAACAGCAGCAGAGAAUUUUUGAGCCCCCUCCACCCAAGAAAACAAACGGUGCAAUAGGAAGGAAAGUUGUCGUUUCCACCAAUAUUGCUGAGACCUCGUUGACCAUUGAUGGUGUCGUAUUUGUGAUUGAUCCUGGGUUUGCGAAGCAAAAGGUGUACAACCCUCGUAUUAGAGUAGAGUCCCUUCUGGUGACGGCUAUCAGCAAGGCUUCAGCACAGCAAAGGGCAGGCCGUGCGGGUCGUACCAGGCCGGGGAAGUGCUUUAGACUUUACACAGAGAAAGCUUACAAAACUGAAAUGCAGGACAACACAUACCCUGAAAUUUUGAGGUCUAAUCUGGGUUCAGUGGUGUUGCAGCUUAAAAAGCUUGGCAUUGAUGACUUGGUCCACUUUGACUUUAUGGAUCCUCCAGCCCCUGAAACUUUAAUGCGAGCUCUGGAGCUGCUGAAUUACCUGGCUGCCUUAAACGAUGACGGUGACCUGACUGAACUUGGAUCUAUGAUGGCAGAGUUUCCUCUGGACCCUCAGCUCGCCAAGAUGGUUAUUGCCAGUUGUGAAUACAACUGUUCUAAUGAGAUCCUAUCCAUAACUGCUAUGUUGUCAGUCCCACAGUGUUUUAUUCGACCCACGGAAGUCAAGAAAGCUGCAGAUGAAGCCAAGAUGAGGUUUGCCCACAUAGAUGGCGAUCAUCUAACACUGCUGAAUGUGUACCACGCCUUCAAACAAAAUCAUGAGUCGUCUCAGUGGUGUUAUGACAACUUCAUUAACUACAGGUCCCUGAUGUCUGCAGACAAUGUACGGCAGCAGCUGUCACGAAUCAUGGACAGAUUUAACUUGCCGCGGCGAAGCACAGACUUCACAAGCCGGGAUUAUUACAUUAAUAUUAGAAAAGCUUUGGUUACCGGCUAUUUUAUGCAGGUGGCACAUUUGGAACGGACUGGCCAUUAUCUGACCGUGAAAGACAACCAAGUCGUGCAGUUACAUCCUUCAACAGUUCUGGACCACAAGCCUGAGUGGGUCCUGUAUAACGAAUUUGUACUUACAACAAAGAACUACAUCCGCACAUGCACAGACAUAAAGCCUGAAUGGUUGGUGAAAAUUGCUGUCCAAUACUAUGACAUGGGCAAUUUCCCUCAGUGUGAAGCAAAGAGGCAGCUGGAACGGAUUAUUGCCAAACUUCAAACCAAGGAGUACUCCCAGUACUGAGACUGAGCCAAACGUCAGCGUUUCUCCAAAGCGGCUUAUGGAGAGAGUAUGGACUGAUAAAUUUGUAUCUUAUGUGAUGGUUCAGUGAUGGCCUUUAUUUGAAAGCUUUUUAAUUGGUUUUUUUUUUUCCUUUUCAUGACAUUAAAUCUGACACUCUUUCAUAAAUGAAA